CCGGGAGCGGGGGGGGAAGCCUCGCCCGGCCCCCCCGGAGCUGCGCAGGCGAUGCCCGCUCGGCCCGGGUCCCCCCCGCUCCCCGCCGCCGGGACGCCGAGCCGGGACUGAGCCGCCGGGACGCCGCCGACGAGGGGCGGCAUGGCCGGGGGGGCCCGUGGGGACGGCCCCGACCCCCGCGGGGGACCCCACGCUGCUGGGUCCUGGAGGCUGCUGCUGCUGGCCUGGCUCAGCCUGGUGGGCACGGCACAGGACCCAGCCCUGGGGACACCAGCGAGGGUCCCCGAGCCCUCAGCCCCUGCUCGGCCCCAGGGGACCUGGGGGUCCUGGGGACCCUGGAGCUCCUGCUCCAGCUCGUGCGGGGACGGUGUCGCCCUGCGCAGGCGGAGGUGCCUGAGGACCAGCGAGGAGCAGCCGUGCCCGGGGGACCCGCGGCAGUACCGGCUCUGCCAGCUGCAGGGCUGCCCCAGCGGCUCCGUGCCCUUCCGGGCCAUGCAGUGCUCCCUCUACGACAACCGGCCCGUGCUGGGCACCUCCGCCCGCUACCGCUGGGUGCCCUUCCACGGAGCCCCCAACCUCUGCGACCUCAACUGCCUGGCCGAGGGGCACAAUUUCUACUACAGCUUCGGCCGGGUGCUGGACGGCACCCGCUGCAGCCCCGGCUCCCCGGACCUGUGCGUCGGCGGGCGCUGCCUGAGCGUGGGCUGUGACGGGAUCCUGGGCUCACGCCCCGACGCCUGCGGGCUCUGCGGCGGCGGCCACGGCUCGUGCGUCCUGGUGCACCGGCUCUUCCAGGGCUCGGACCCCUCCUCCGGAUAUUUGGGAUAUGUGAAUGUGACCAAGAUCCCGGCCGGGGCCACCCACAUCAAGGUGACGGACAAGAGCCGCAACUACCUGGCGCUGAUGGCGAGUGACGGGCGCUACGUCCUCAACGGCGACUGGGCCAUCGCCUGGCCGGGGCCCUACGAGGCUGCGGGCACCCUCCUGACCUACAGCCGGGCCCCCGACGGCACCGAGAGCCUGGAGGCGCCCGGACCCACCCACGAGGACCUGCACGUGAUGGCGCUGCUGCAGGAGCCCAACCCCGGCAUCGAGUACCGGUUCUGGCUGCCCCGCGGGCACCCGCAGCUCGGCCGCGGUGACACGAGCCCCCUGCGGCAGCCGCAGCCCCGAGGGGCCGGCAGCCCCCCGCCCCCGGAGCCCCCGCACGCCCCGGACCCCGUGCAGCCCCCCCGGCCCCGGGGCUUCCCCACGGAGCCACCGCCGAGGAGCCCCCCCGGGGGGAACAAGGACGGGGCAGCCGCAGGGCGCUGCGGGCGGUGCCGCCCGCCCAAGGGGCGCUCGCAGCGCAUCCGGCACUUCUGCCAGAGCGACUUCGUGUUCCACGGGCGCAUCCUGGCGCGGCGCCUGGUGGGGCGGGAGACGCGCUACGAGGUGGAGGUGGAGUCUCGGUACCGGCAGCGCUUCCCGCUGGUGUCCCGGGAGUACCUGUGGGUGCCCAACACCUGCGGGUGCCCGCCGCUCAGCGAGGGCGGCGAGUACCUGCUGAUGGCGCGGCGCCACGUGAACCACGAGCACACCCUGAACCGCAUCCUGCUGCAGGACGACGGCUACGCCCGGCCCUGGACGCCCCGCGAGGCCCGGCUGGUGCGGGAGGCAGCCCGGCACUGCCCCCAGCCCCGGCCGCCCUGAGCCCUCUCCGCUGGCACCGCCCCGGGAGGUGACACCGGGGCCAGCCGGGUGCUCCUGCCGGGCACCGAGCCCUUCCCAUGCCGAGGGAUCCCCCUCAUCCAUCUCGCCGUCCUUGGGGUCCGCGUGGCAGCGGGGGGUGGAGUGGGGGGUGGUAAUUUAUUGUUAUUUUUGCAGAAAAUAAAUUGUUUAUCCCCUC